AGACACAUCACAUUUACAGUGUAGAUGUAAAACACACACACACACACACACACUUUUGCUCAAUCUGAUUUCCCCGUCGAACCAAAACACCGACUCUUUUCACUUUCUCUCUCCACCGUGAAAACGCCCUAGCCGCCGCCGCUCCUCCUUUCAACGGAUUCUGAAAAGAAAACUAUUCCGAGGAUAAACGAGUAGCAAAAAUGGAAGCUUCAGCAAAAUCAGCAGACGAGGUGGUGGAAGAGAUAAUGAGAAUUCAUAGAUCUCUUCCUCCGAGACCUGGAAUUGAAGACAUUGAAGCUGCAAAAAUACUGAUCCGAAAUGCAGAAGCUGAACAACAAUCACGUCUGGAAUCCAUUGCUAAGCAAAAGAAGCGAAAAGAUGUUCCUGAAGAACUAUUCAAUGUGUUGAUAGAGAUGCAAAAGCAUUUAGUCGAUUUCCACACUAUAGAACAGAAAAGGGAAGCCAUUAAAUUGCUUGAUCUUGAAAACUACCAUAUACUCUUUGAUGAAAUGAUUCAGAGAGCUUCCAGAUGUGUUAUUCCUAAUGGCAGUGAUGACAAUAAUACUACCACCCAAUCAGUUAACUCCACCUUGUCACCUUUGACAACUCCACCUUCUUACUCUGGUGUAAAUCUUAGCAACUCAAUCUCAUACUCACCCAAAACUGUUUCUUCUGAGUUGUUCACUAGAGAUGAUAGCUAUGUGAGCAAGAUGGAGUCUACUACUUAUGGUGAUGGAAUCAGAAGGAAGAUUCGAUCUACUGAUGCUUCAAAGCCCAUGAUUGUUGAUUCAACUCUAAAACCUGCCAUUACAUCUGGUCAAGAAGGUGAGAAAUUGAGUCUCAUAAAGCUUGCGAGUCUCAUUGAAGUAUCUUCCAAAAAAGGAGCAAAAGAACUCAAUCUUAGCAACAAAUUAAUGGAUCAAAUAGAAUGGCUUCCCGAUUCAAUAGGAAAGUUAUCUACUUUAAUCACUCUUAAUCUAUCAGAAAAUCGCCUCAUUGCUUUACCUUCAUCAAUCGGAGGUCUUUCUUCCUUAACAAAACUCGAUCUACAUUCCAACAAAAUCACCGAACUCCCGGAAUCAAUCGGAAACCUCUUCUCCUUAAUCUACCUCGAUCUCCGAGCCAACCAAAUGACCAAUUUGCCCUCGACUUUCGGACAACUAAUCCAUCUCCAAGACCUCGAUUUAAGCUCCAACAACUUCUCAAUCCUCCCCGAAUCCGUGUGUUCACUCAAAAACCUACAAAAGUUAAACAUCGAGACGAAUAACAUCGAAGAACUCCCACAUAUGAUUGGUCAAUGCUCUUCACUUAAAGAGCUUAUUGCGGAUUACAACAAACUCAAAGCACUUCCGGAAGCAGUUGGAAAGAUAGAAUCUUUGGAGAAAUUAUCGGUUCGUUAUAAUAACAUCGGGAGGUUGCCUACUACAAUGUCGUCAUUAACGAAUUUAAAGGAGCUUGAUGUUAGUUUCAAUGAACUUGAAUCGGUCCCGGAGAGCUUGUGUUUUGCUAUUUCGCUUGUGAAGAUUAAUGUUAGUAAUAAUUUUGCGGAUUUAAGAUCUUUGCCUAGAUCGAUCGGGAACCUUGAGAAUUUGGAAGAGUUGAAUAUGAGUAACAAUCAAAUAAAGACGCUUCCGGAGUCUUUCCGUAUGUUGUCGAAGUUACGCGUGUUGAGAGCAGAAGGGAAUCCGUUGGAUUCACCGCCGCUAUCUGUGCUUGACAACGGCGCUCAAGCUGUUAUACAAUACAUGAACGAGCUCCACGAGAAGAAGGAAGUGAAAGUGCAACCAGUGAAACAGAAGAAAUCAUCAUGGGCUCAAAUGUGUUUCUUUUCAAGUUCAAACAAACGCAAGCGGAAUGCCAUGGACUAUGUAAAGACAUAAUUACACCACCUUUUGGAGUAUCUUUUUUAUUGGUAAAUAAAUUAAAUACAUAUAAUAAUAAGUGAUAAGUAAGACCCAGUUGUUGUUUCUUGUUUAUUUAUUUAAAGACAGAGUUUAUUAAACCUUUUUUUUUAAAAGUAAUUAGAAAAAAAAAAACAUAAAAAGGAAAGAGGGGAGGUAUUUCAUCACAUGCUUUUGCUUAUCUAAAUUCAGGAGACUUGAGCUGUCCAUGGGCUGGAACAAAGCUAAUGGAUGAUCUUCACAUACUGUUUGUCUCCUUCCGACUAUUGUCUUUUUUUUUAAUCACAUCAUGUUUUUGUUAUUUAAUUUCUUUAUUUCUUUUUGUGAAUCAAUGUAAUUAAAAUCGAAUAAUCCUUCAUUUUCAAUAAUCUAUUUAUUUCUUGAAAUCA